AUGUCCAAACCAACCGUAGCUGAACCUUGUGUCAGCAAAGGCGGCGACCGUGUCUCUCGGGACCAGGUCACUCAAGCUAUCAAGGCUCUGGAUGUACAUGACACUAUCAAUUCCCCUUCCUUUACGGAUGGUUAUUGUCCAUCCACUCUUUCCUUUGAAGAGCCAAGCAAGAAGAAGUUGCAACUCGCAAAAGACAAGCUCCCAGAUAAUCUCAAGGAUGAAGCAGACAAACUCGAGAGACACACCAUCACUAACGAAACAACGUACCCAUGGUGCACUAUCGGCAAGGUCUACGCUGGAAAAGACGCCAACUUCAACAACCCUCUCUGGAUGGGCAGUGGCGCUCUGGUUGGCCGCAACCUCCUCCUAACAGCCGGCCACGUCGCACCAUGGGGUCUGAAUCGACCGUGGAUGAAAUUCAUUCCUGCGUUCGAGAACGGCACCGAGCCUUACGGAGCCGCAUAUGUCCUCAAUUGGUACGGUUACCGCAAGGAUGGUGAUGUCUAUGGGAAAGACUACGUAAUCUGCAAGCUCAACAGAAGCAUAGGCGACCAAUGCGGUUGGCUAGGCUACCAGUGGUGGAGCGGUCAAGACAACAAUUAUACUAGCCGAACAUGGACCAGCGUGGGGUCUCCCGCUGAGCCUGCGAAUCCAGGAGGAAACUAUAUGCUCGUUGAGGACAAUGUCGGGAUUGUCGACGUUGACGACGAAGGUGCGGAUGGAAAAGAGCUUGAGUCGAAUGUUUUUAGCCUUGGUGAUUGGUCUGGUGGACCACUUUGGGGCUAUAUCGAUGGUCAAGGGAGAGUGAUUGGUGUUCUGAGUGGUCAAGAGACAGAUUUCCAGCAGCCUCGACACACGGUUUCGGCAGGCGGUAAAGCUAUGGGCGACCUUGUUGUUUACGGUCAGAACAAUUUCAAGCCGUAA